AUGUUAGAAAAAGGUAAUAACUUGUGUGAAGUGGAUAAAAAAAAAAAUAUAUACAAGGAAAAUAAUAGUAAUAAUAAUAAUAUGAACAGUAAUAAUAAUAUGAACAAUAAUAAUAAUAUGAACAGUAAUAAUAAUAUGAACAGUAAUAAUAAUAAUAAUAAUAACAUUUACAAUAAUAUAAAUAUAUUCAGUGAAAAAGCGUCUUUUUCUUGUAUAAAGAAUUAUGAUGAACAUGUAACAAAUUAUUUAAAGAAAGGAAAAUUGUUUUAUGGGAAGAUGAAAAAUAAAGAAACACAAAAUGAGAAUGCUCACGAAGGUGAUAUAGAAUCAAGAGAAAAAUACGAUAUAAAAAAAAUUACAAAAAAUGUAAAUAAUAUGAGUAAUCAUGAUAAAAAAAAUGACCAAGUAUUAAAUAAUAAUAAUAUAAAAGAAAACAUAAAUAAUAUUAAUAAUAAUAAUAAUAAUAAUAAUAAUAAUAAUAGUUAUCAUUGUAAGAACGAAUUAAUAACAAGAAAAAGAAACGUAUAUAUGUCCAACCGAUUUAAAAAUAAUAAUAACAAUAAUAAUAAUAAUAAUAGUAGUAGUAAUAAUCCUUUUGAUAAUUUAUCAAGUAGAAAUUACAAAAAUGUAUAUAAUACUUGUCCUAAAAGUAAUUUAAUAAAAAAAGAAAGUCAUAUGAAUGACAAGUUUAAUAUUCAUAAGAAUAUUUUAAAUAAUCAUAUUGAUACAUACACGAAUAAUGAAGAUUCUACUAAUAAGGAUUAUGAUGAUAAACAAAGUGAUAGUAUAAUAAAAAAUAAUUAUAAUAAUAGAAAUAUAUAUAAUAAAUUUUAUAAUAAUAAUUUAAAUAAUAAUUAUGUUAAUUAUAAUGAAAAAAAAUAUAUGUGCCAAAGUAAUAAUAUAUAUAUGAAAUAUAAAAAAAAUCACUUUUACAAAAAUUAUGAUGAUGAAAAGUUAUUAAACAGAAAUUUUAAGAAAAACAGCCAAGCGUAUAGGGGUUAUCAAAAAGUACCUAAUUAUUUAAAAGAAUCAAAUAACCUGCACAUGCAAGAUAAAAGUGAACCAUUUGUUAAAGAGGAAAAUAAAAAUAUGGAGAAUGAAAUAGUAAAUAUGGAUAAAUAUGAAAAUGAUUUUUUAAAACUAAAGGAAGAUAAAAUGAAAGAUACAAAUGAUUUAUCAUUUAAAAGGGAAGAUAAUAAUAAUAAUAAUAUGGAUGGUGAAAAUAUAGAUAUAAAAAAAAAUAUGAGUGAUAAAAUAAAUGACAAAAUAAAUGAAAAUAUAAAUGAUAUAACAAAUGACAAAAUAAAUGACAAAAUAAAUGAUAUAACAAAUGACAAAAUAAAUGACAAAAUAAAUGAAAAUAUAAAUGAUGCUGUAAAUAAUGUUGUUAGUGAAGACAAGGAAUUAAAUUCAGAUAAACAAAGUGAUAAAUAUAUAAGUGAUGAAUUAAAAAGAAUUAAAAGAGAAGAAGAAAAAAAAAAAGUUAUGAAUUGGAAAAGUGAAGAACAGACUUUACUUGAAGAAGGGUUAAGAAUUUAUAAGAAUUUAAAAAAUUGUCCUGAAAAAUGGACAAAAAUUAGUGCAGUAGUAAAAACGAGAACAGCUGAUGAUUGUUUAAAACGUUUUCUUUAUUGUAGAGCUGUUGUUUUGAAAGAAAAAAAAAAACUUAAAGAAGUAACAGAACAAAAAAAUGAAAAAGGAAAAGAAAAAGAAGAAACAAUUAUAAAACAAGGAACAGAAGAUUUAAAAAAUUCAAAGAAUGAAAUAAAUAAUGAUGAUAUAAAAGAUGAUGAAGAACACGAACAAGAUAUAGAUAGUGAUGAUAUGAAUAUUAAUAAUAAUAUGAAUAUAAAGGGAAAGAGUUUAUUGUUAAAUAAUGUGCAUUUAAAAAAUAUAUCAUUAUAUAAGGCAGUAUUAUUAAAGCUACAGUUAAUUUGUAACAGGUGUUGUAAUACAUUUGAUGUAACCUCAACAAGCAAGGAGGCUUGUCAAAUAAUUUGUACUUGCGUCAAUUGCUCCAACAGUGCUGUUGUUGAAGUUUACAGAAAUAUUUGUUUCAUGGAAAACACUUGUGUUUGUAUUUUGAAGUUCAACCAGUGCUCACUAAUGGAUUUACUAACAGCUGAUUACAGUGUUAAUUGUGAGAGUUGUGGAAGAAAAAAUCUUUUUAAAAAUGUCACAUCAGGUAAAGAAAUAAAUGUGAACUGUCAAAAGUGUUUUUCGAAAUUAGAAUUUAAAUACAAAGACAUUUCUUUUGACGAGCCAAUUAAUGCAAAUAACGAAAGCUUAAAAAAAAUUGAUGAUAUGAUAAACAAAUUAUUUACCAAAAAAAAGUCGACUAAAAAAGCUGUACCAACAGCUUCAAAUAAUUUAAAAAUAGAAAAAACAAAAAAUAUGAUAAAAAUAAAUAAUAUAGAAGUUAAAGAUGGAGCUUGUAAGCAUUUCAAAAAAUCGCAUAGAUUAUUUAAAUUUCCUUGUUGUAACAAAAUUUUUCCUUGUCCGACGUGCCAUGAUUUAAAUAGUAAUCAUGAAUGUGACAUUGCGAAGAGGGUUAUUUGUGGGUUUUGUUACAGAGAGUUUAGUGACGAUGAAGUGUGUAUUUGUCAAAGGGAUAAAAAAUUAAAAAAAGGUGGAAAGUUUUGGGAGGUAAGAAAAGGAUGUCGUAAUGCAAUCACGUUAAGCAGAAAUGAUUCCAAAAAAUAUAAACUUUUAAAUAGACAAAGUGUCCAAAAAAAAAAAAAAAAAUGA